GAGGAAGAUGUGAGACAGAGCUCUCUUGAAAUAAAUGUUUUAAAUGUGCUCUGGAUAUUUAUUCAGAGGAAGAAUUGUUGCUUUUAUGAAAGAGCGAAGAAACAUUAAUGACAAAACUAAUGCAAAAUGUCGGUAGAUAGAGAAUAUUUAUCGCUGAGCUUAACGAAGGUGUUCAAUGAUAUUGGGGUGAAUGAAGGAGGGGUGUUGAAAAGAAGAAGAUCACAAUUACUAAGCGAGUCUGUUCAAACUAUUGCAUGCAGGACAAUUGGUACUAAUGCAACUGUCUUCAAUCUUGGGAGUCAGAGUGAAGGUGCUACUACUAUAGGACUUACAUCAGACAAAGAUACACUUUUCUGUUAUCACAGUCACAAUAUCAUACAGGACUGGUCAGAGUGGGAAUAUGGCAAAGAAAACUACCUCAUGAUACAAGAUGAGAACACAACCCCUGGGUAUUGUUUCCUACAACUGCUCCGACCUGAUGAACCUCUUCCUAUGCCUGUCAUACCUUUUGGAGACAAUGAAACGGUUGGUUGUCUAGGAGGAAGAAUGUUGCUUAAGAACAGUAUGAUAGAUUUCGGUAUUCUUCAGGGUUCUAGGCAUGGACCAUCCAUUGCUUUACAAGGAAAGUAUACAAUGCUGGAUAAAGAUGUAGUGAUAGCUUUACUUUGUAAUUCAUGGCCUCAAUCAGCAUCAGGUUGGUUAGAGAGACAGGGUUUAGGGGAAUGGCCGACACAUGAGAUGAGAAGAUCUGCAGCCAGAACAGGAUGUUUUGUUGUUCCAACCGGAAGUAAAGUCAGUUUAUAUCCUGAACUGGAAUGGAGAAUAUCUACAUCCCUAGCUGAAAGAUGUCUAAUGUUCGAUUUAAAUAUAACACAAAUAAGAUGCUAUGUUUUAUUGAAAAUGAUUCUGAAAUCUUUCUUGAAUCCUCGAGGUGAAAUUAAUGUAUCAAGUUUUAUGUGUAAAACAGUUCUAUUACACUGUAUAGAAAGCACAGAUUCAAGUACAUGGAAAGAGAACAAUUUAUUUACAUGUUUAACAUACUGUUUACUGGAAUUGCACAGUUGUGUUCAGAAUGACCAUUUGUCACAUUUCAUUAUACAUGAAAAUAAUUUGAUGGCAGGGCAAUUUACAGAUGAGACAAGACAAUUGCUUUCCAAAAAUAUCAGUGAUUUUAUGGAGAGUGAUGGACAAAUGUUGUUAAGAAUUGAUAUUGAUGACCUUGGACGCAGACUGCAAGUUCAACUGAAUUUAGUACCACAAAGAGCGUAUAAUUUCCAGUCUUCUUUUAAAAUGUGUGACAGUCUUUCGGCUAUCCAGUACAUCAACCUUGCUUACGAAAUAAGUUUACAUUACAAAAACGUUUUGAAACAUGUUCAUUUAUUCAAUGAUACAGGCGUUAGCACAUUGAGGCAAUAUACAGAAAAUCUAAUAAGCUACAGUGUAAAUGGUCAAAGAUUAGAAAAGGCAGCCUUUAAGAUCUUUGCACCUUUUCUGUAUACAACAUAUGGAACUGUCCUAGCAUCAUCCAGCAUUGGUAAAGGAAAUCAAGUGUCACCUGAAGCAUUGGUGUGGCUUUCAGCUGGUUUUAACUCAGACAAUUCAUCUAGCAGACUUAAACUGGCUUCAGUAGUCUACAGUACAGGAGAUUUGAAUAAAGCUGAACAAAUACUGAGACAAACUGAACACCACUAUUACUCUCAUCCUGUUUUACCUAUAUGUGCCUGUUGGGAACAUGCUGUUAGAGUAGUAACUGAUGACUUUGGAAGAGUAUGCACAGAACAAAAUGAAGACUGUAUCAAAGAUAUUACAGCAUUUUGUGUUAGAUUUAUACCACAGGAAAUCUACUGUGUUCCUCAAGAGUUACAAUAUGAAAUGUACAGAUCUACACAUGAUGGGAUGUUCCACAGAGGUCCAUUUGACUGUUGGAUGGAUUGGGCUGUAGUUGACCCAUUACCUUUCCUUUACUUCCUACAAUACAAAGCUUACAGUCGUCUUCGAAGACAAAGGGAAAAACAGCAUGCACUGGAUAACCUUUCUAAAACAAUUGAGAUGGAUAAACGUAUUAAAUAUCUUUGGCACAAAGAAACAGCUCUAAACCUACUUGGACAAUGUCAGGAACAAGAAGAGAGACAUCAGGAAGCAUUGGAAUGUUACAUUCGUUCUCUUCAAGUCAGAGCAAGAAAUAAUGUAGCAAGUAUCCAUAUUUGUAAGCUUCUCUCACGCUUACUGAAUCAGAAAACUGUUUGAAGUUUUACGGUAAAUAAAAGAAAAGACCAGUAUGGUCAUGACAAAUGCAACACAUACAAUGCGUCCUCCAUUACCUGCCAAAGCUUGAGCAUAAUUGAAUGAGAAUCGUUAUUGAAAGUCACUUCGUUUUUUUUCUUAUACGAGAGAAAUGCAGGUGUCUAGUAUUGUUUCGUAUAUAACAAACGUAUACGUGAAAAGAUAUUUCGUAUAAGUGGUUGAUAAAUGACGUGUUUUUGUUUUGGGUGUAAAUAAUAAACAAGAGUUUGUUGUUUAAAUGUAUAUAUGGAUUUGAGAUAGAAAAAGAUAAAAUACCUAAAAAAAAAUAGUGUUAACUAAACAAUUACAUGCUAGUUCUCCAAUUGAGAAUAUUUCAAUUUUAAGUCAGGCGGUGCUGCCCAGCCCCCAUAUCUUGGAAAUCGGUUCUAGUAUUUUUUACUAAAUCUUUCCUUAGAUUAAAUAACAUCAAGGCAGUCAUUUCUCCUGACAAGCUUCGUGUUUAAGUAAUAAUUAUCAUUUUGCAUUACCUUCAUAUUGAAUUGUCAUUAUGUCACAUUAGCUUCAUGUUUAAGUUGUUCUGAUUUUCUAUUAUUUUGCGUUGACAUUAAAUUGCAUUACCAUCAACUUGAAUGUUAAAGAAUGUUUUAAUGAAAAAAAAAAUUCAUUGAGUUUAGAUUAUUUAAACAGUCGUAAAGCACACCAUUAAAUGGUAUACUUUCUUUUUUAUAACAUCCAAAUUUUCACUUAAUUUUUUAUUAAAUGUCUUUUCCAUUUAUUUAUAUUUUGGAAACAGAUGCAGAUAAUUUAAAACAACAAAACUGUUAAAUUGCACAUGUUCUUUUAACAUUUUUU